CAACCUAAACCCCCUCCACACUUUUUUAUAACCUAUGACCUCAAAGUUUACCAGGAAGCAUUCGCUCCCGUCCCACCCUCCGUCCCAACCAUCCUCCCCCUCGCCGCGCCAUUAGCAGUAAGCCCAUUGCCGAUCGAGCAGGGAGAUAUCGUGUGUGCAUAGCGAUAGCGGCAUGGGGAACCUGAUAUCGGCGGGCGCGGCGGCGGGCGCGAGCGGACGGAAGGUGGUGAUGGCGGACGGGAGCGUGCGGGCGCUCAGCGAGCCCGUGUCCGUGGCGGAGCUCAUGAUGGACCACCCGCGCCACUUCGUCGUCGACGCGCGCCUGCUGCAGCAGCGGAAGGGCGCCGGCGGGGCCUGCAAGGUCGCGCCGCUGCCGGCCGACCACGUGCUGGGCGCGGGCGGCGUGUACGUCCUGCUGCCGGCCACCCGCGGCAAGGUGUCCGCCGAGGAGGCGCGGCGCGUGCUCACGGCGUCGCGGUCGCUGGCGCGCUCCCGGUCAAUGCCGGGCGGGCUGAGGAGGAAGCUGUCGUCCAGGAAGAGCCGGGAAGCCGACGACGCCGAUCGGUCGGCCAAGAACGAGGCGGCUGUGGCAGAAAUGGAGAGGAGGGAGGAGACGGCGGCGACGGCGGACGGGUUCGACGAGCACCGGCCGGAGUUCUUGAGCCGGGAGCUGUCCUGCAGGGGGUGGAAGCCGAGCCUAAACACCAUCGAAGAGCGUGUCAUUCCCAAGAAGGUGUCCCAUUGGCUCUUCUGAAUUUCUUAGGCUUCUUUGACUUGUCGUCGGGAUCUAGUCUCUCCUUCCUUGCUUCCUUUUCUUUUUCUUCGUUCAAAUGCUUGUUCUGUCAACUGCAUGUGUAACGAAAAUGCUCAUUUGCUAUACUUCAUUCAAAUGCAUGUGAUGAGAUAGUGCAAGUGAAAUUAAGCCCCCGUGUAAUUAUAGGAUUGAUUAGUUGGAUGGUUGAGCGCUGUGGAUCGAUAUGGAAAUUAAUCGAAUUGAUCAUGGUUCCUGAA